AUGUCAGGAGCAGACUAUCAACUAUCGUUGACUGAAAAAGCCACGUUUGGAACCCUUUCAGCAAUAGUUUCUACGGUUGUGCUGUAUCCAUUGGACCUGACCAAAGCUUUGAUACAAACUCAAGAAAAGGUCAAGACCAGAAAGGACCAUAAUGAGGCGCUGAAGCUUGAAGGAGGUACUAUUGAGAAUAUUCUUUUGUCCCCAGGUGCUACCGGAUUUGAGAAUGAGGCCUCAAGCAUAGCCGAAGAGCUAAUUGGUGAAGAAAACGAUCAAUUAUCUCAGAAAUUGGAGUUGGAGUUACAAGAUAAGGCAAGAAUAAACCCCAUCUACUACAGAAACACAGUAGAUGCCCUAUUAAAAAUUUUGAAGCAGGAAGGCUUCAAAGGUUGGUACCAUGGACUGCAAGCUUCUGUAACCUCAGCAGCUGUCCAGAGUUUUAGUUAUUUUUACUUCUACGAAGCACUGAAGAAGCUAUACUCUAACUCCCAAAAAAACAGUUCCAAAGGAAGAAUAUUUGAUGAACUCAGUAUAAGUAUACUGGCCGCAGCUUUAUCUCAAUUUUUUGUUACUCCUUUCAAUGUAAUUACUACAGAGUUGCAAACCUCUCAAUUUCAAAAGAAUGUUGCCCACAGCCAAUUGAUUGCCAUCGAAGAGAGCAACAUCGAUCUGAGAAAAGAUUCUCCAUUAUUAUACCAAUACUACAAGAUCAUGCGCAAUAAUAAACAAGAGGAAAGUACAUCAUUAUUCAAAAAACUACUGGGAAACAACGAGUUGAUAGCCACCGGUAGUAAAAUAGUAAGGAAAAGAGGUGUUAGUGCUCUUUGGAAAGGACUCAAGGUGUCACUCAUCCUCACUUUAAACCCAUCGAUCACCUAUGGCUCAUAUGAGAGGUUGAAGAAACUAAUUUAUGGGGAUAUAAAGUACUUAUCGGCAUUCCAGUCGUUAGUAUUGGGCAUGAUCUCCAAAAUGAUAGCGACUCUGGUUACCCAACCCCUAAUUGUUUCCAAGACUGUACUACAGAAAUCGCAGGACGAUCCUCGAGCCAAACAGUUCAAUUCCUUUCAGCAAGUGUUAUGUCACCUUUGGAAAACUGACAAAUUUAAGGGGCUAUGGAGGGGUCUUCUCUCCCAAAUAUUCAAAGGAGCCUUAGGGCAGGGAUUACUAUUUCUGUUCAAAGAUCAAAUAGAGCUGGUCUUUUUGAGUUUGAUCAACAUUUACAGAAUUUACACCAAAAGGAUUUAA